AUGGUGGCGGAGGAGAAGCCCCCUGCGGUGACCCGCCGUGGCGCACGGAAGAAAGCGCCGCCGGCCGCCCAGCACCCCGACACGCAGAAGGAAGAUCCACAGGCAGAGGGAGUGGCGGUGGAUGAGAAGCCCCAGGUGGUUACGCGCCGGGGAGGACGGCAGAAGCUGGCUGCAGCAGAGCCCCUAUUUGAGAUUGAGGAGACUGUGGAGGUGCCUCGCCGUGGAGAGCAGAUGAAGCCCGUGGAGCCUUCUGCACCAGAGAAUGAGGAGGUGGAUAAGGAGGAGGCCACGGCGGUGACGCGCCGUGGCAGACGGAAGAAUGCUGCGCAGGCCCCUGAACCAGAGAAGGCCACAGCGGUGACACGCCGUGGCAGGCAGAAGAAUGUUGUGGAGCCCUCAGAGAAGGAAAAGGAGGAGGCCACAGCGGUGACACGCCGUGGCAGGCAGAAGAAUGUUGUGGAGCCCUCAGAGAAGGAAAAGGAGGAGGCCACAGCGGUGACACGCCGUGGCAGGCAGAAGAAUGUUGUGGAGCCCUCNNAACCAGAGAAGGAAGAGGAGGAGGCCACGGCGGUGACACGCAGUGGCAGGCAGAAGAAUGUUGCGGAGCCCUCUGAACCAGAGAAGGAAGAGGAGGCCACAGUGGUGACACGCCGUGGCAGGCAGAAGAAUGUUGUGCAGCUCCCUGAACCAGAGAAGGAAAAGGAGGAAGAGGCCACAGUGGUGACGCGCCGUGGCAGGCAGAAGAAUGUUGUGGAGCCCCCUAAACCGGAGAAGGAAGAGGAGGAGGAAGCCCCGGUGGUGACAAACCGCAGAGGGAGGAAGAAGAGUGUGGUGACGGACGCCCCUCCGCAAUUGCCUCCAAAGAUGAGGUCAGUAAGGGGCCGUGGCAAAAAGGCUAAUGCAAGCGACAUGGUUCUUGAGGAUGUGGAAGAGCAGGGAGGAAAUGAGUUGGCUGUAUCAAGAGUUCGUCCUGAGGACCUGCUCGUUUCGACGACAUUGAAGGGUGCUAAGGCGCAGAAGAGGGAUAAGGUGGCAUCUGGGGAUGGAGACGUAGAAGGGGCUGCAGUUUCAUUGGAGGAGAAAGUGCCGAAGGGGAGGGCCAGUGCUCGGCUUUCCGCUUUCGAUAAUGGUGCCAAUGCGGCUGCAGCGCCCAUUGAAGAGAUGGAGGAGGCUGUGGAUGCAACGCUCCGAGGGAGGCGGAAGAAGGCCGUUGAACCUCAUGAACCAGAGAAGGACGAGGAGGAGGAGACCAUGGUGGUGACACGUCGCGGGAGGCGGAAGAAGAACAUGGAACCUCAUGAACCAGAGAAGAAAGAGAAGGAGGACAAAGCCCCAGUGGUGAUCCACCAUGGCGCAACGAAGAAGAAUGAGGCGGCAGUUGCUCCUGUAUCACUGCCUCCAAAGAGGAAGUCUGCAAGGGGCCGGGGAAGGCCUACAAGGGCCAGUGCAAUGAACACAGUUCUUGAGGAGGAGGAGGAGCAGGGGGGAAAUAAGUUGAGUGCGUCAAGAGCACGCACAGGGAAGCCAUUGACUUCGACGACGGUGAAGAAGGGGGAUAAGGCAGCAGCUGUGGAUGGAGAGGUCAAAAGAACUGCAAAGGCGUUGGAGGAGAAAUUACCAAAGAGGAGGGCCGUUAAGCUUGCUGCUAACAAUAUCUCUUAUGCGGCUGCAGCCGAGCCCACUGAAGAGAUGGAGGAGGCUACAGAAGCGUCUCACCAGGGGGGGCAGAAAGCCAUGGAGCACCCUGAACUAGAGAAUGAUGAGGAUGCAACCAUGGUGACGUGCCGUGGGGAGCGGAAGAGGGCUGCUGUGGUGAAGCGCCGUGUCGCCGGGAAAAAGGAUGUGGUGGCAGUGAUGAGGUCUGGAAGGGGGCGAGGAAGGGUUGGAAGGACUAGUGCAAAGAAUAACCUUCCUGAGGAAGGCAACAUGGUGGUAGAAAAGGAAAAUGAAUUGCCUGUGCCAAGAGAGCUGGCAGGGAAUCUGCCAGUUGCGACCGUGGUGAAUGGGGGUGAGGAUAGAGAAGUCAAAGGAACCAAAAAAGCAGUAGAGUCUGAAUUGCCAAAGGGGAGGGCCAGUGCCCAGUCUUCUUCCGACAACAAGUGUGAGGAGGAACAGGGUAGUGCGAACGGUUCUUCUAGAGUUGCCAGUGCCCAGUCUUCUUCCGGCAACAAGGGUGGUGCGAAUGGUUCUUCUAGAGUUGAUUCAGGAUCUAAUGGAAUCCCCAACACAACAAGCAAAUACAGAGAGGAUAGAAAACUGAAGCCGUACUCGACUCCCUUUGAUGUCAGGCUGGAUAGAGCUCUGAAGAAAUACUCUGCAUGA